AUGGACAUCAACAAGAAAGCAUCAGGAGAUGAAUCCUUCAAGAGGCCAGGAUCUGUUCCAUUCAGGUGGGAGAUUGAGCCAGGCAUCCCAAAGCUUUAUAACACAACUCAACAAAAGCCAUUACCAAAGCUUAGUCCUCCUCCUUCCUAUGUGAGCAAACUGAGCCAUCUCCCAUGCCAAGCUCCUCCAGUGUCUCAGGGAUGUUUCCCGAUACAGUCUCUCAAACGCAGGGAAGUAAAGGAAGUGAGUUCAUCGUCGCCACAUCGAAGAAUUAUCAUGCAGUCCCUCAAGAGCAAGCAAGUCAAGGAACUGAGAUCAUUGUCGCCGCAUCAGACUACGUCAGCUCGUUACUCAUCGCCCUUCUCUUUAUCCUUCAGAAAGUCGCAGGCCAAGGAGGUGGAGGCGGUAGCUCAAUGGCUCUUCUAG